UGGAGAAAGUGGACUCUUUGUUUCCAAAAACAAUAUCUUUUGAUUUCCUAUUCUGGACGCAAACGGAACGAAACGAGGUUGUCGCGCGGUUUGACGGAGCCGGUGUUAUCCGACGGCCAAGAAGUUCCAAUCCUCGGUGGCUUUCUGUUUCCAGGAAGGUUCACAACGUUGUAAAAAUCAGCCAACAAAUAUUAGCCCUUCUUGUGGACUAAUGAUAACAUUCAAUUCGUCUCAAAGGGUUCAUCUCUCUCUCUCUCUACUGUGAGCUAAGUAGGGAUUUGUGCUCAGGUGAUCAUGGAUCCACAACUCGCUGAAUUCUCUGAGACCGGAAAAAAUGGUUACGAAUUUGAUGAUAAUGCCUUCUUACCCAAUCAUCAUCAGCCUGAAAAUCUUGUAAACACAGUCAAGUUUGGAGAUGACACUAUAUAUCUCAACAGUUUCUCAGAUUUUCCGCCCCUUUCCCCAAAUCCUGACCCUGGCUAUGUCACUUGGACCUUGGGAAGAAGCUCGGAAGGUGACUCUCUACAUGAUGGUGACUUCUCUGAUAAUGUUCUUAAGUACAUCAGUUCAAUUCUGAUGGAGGAGAAUAUUGAGCAGAAGACCAGUAUGUUCCAUGAUCCUUUGGCCCUCCAAGCUACUGAGCAGUCCUUGUAUGAAGUUAUUGGUGAGAAGUACCAGGCCUCCACCAAUCACCUGCCUGUUUACUUCAAUCAAAAUGUUGCAAGCUCAAGCUCGGAGGAUUAUCUGUUUGCUAGUUCUAGUGAUCAGGGUACGGACAGCAAUUCUAGCAGUGACAAUACUGUUGAUCCUAAAUGGAUUGUUGAUCAGGGACAUCAAAAUCCCAGUAGACGAAGUCAUCCGCUUGGUAAUGAUGCUAAUGGCCCAAUGGAUUCUUCUAUGGUUAGCCAUAUGGUUUCCAACAUAUUUGCUGAUAGCCAGCCAAUCUUGCAGUUCAAGAGAGGGGUGGAGGAAGCUAGAAAGUUCCUUCCUACUAGUGAUCAAUUGAUUAUCGAUUCAGAGAGCUAUAGAUUGCAUCCAGAGUCGAUGCAAAGGGCUUCUAAGGUGGUAGUCAAGGUUGAGGAGAAUGAGAAGGAAUGCUCCCCUAAUGUCUUGUCGGGUAAAAAGAAUCAUCAACGGGAAGAUUGUAAUCUAGAAGAAGAGAGAAGCAGAAAGCAGUGGGCAAGUUGUGAGGAAGAUGAGGCUGAGUUAUCUGAAAUAUUCGACAGGAUUUUGCUUUUCGGUGAUGUAAAAGAUGACCAUGCAUGCUGUGAUGUCAAAGAAGAAGUGGAAAGUGAAGCAAGCAUGAGUUUGCGGCAGAUUGGACAACCACAUGGUUAUUUUCGUGGAAAGACUCGUGGUAGAAAACAAGGAAAUAAAAAUGAAGCCGUGGAUUUGAGGACUCUAUUGAUUACUUGUGCACAAUCUGUCGCUGCUGAUGAUCGCAGGACUGCUAAUGAACUACUAAGACAGAUUAGGCUGCACUCUUCUCCUUUGGGUAAUGGGGUACAGAGGUUGGCACAUGUCUUUGCUAAUGGUCUUGAGGCGCGCUUGGCUGGAACCGGAAGCCAUAUUUAUGCAGCCUUAGCUCCCAGAAGUAGUUCAGCUGCUGAAAUGUUAAAAGCUUACCAGUUUAAUUUAUCAGCUUGCCCAUUCAAGAAGAUGGCGAUAUUUUUCACUGGCCAAAAUAUUUUGGACGUAGCUGCAGCAUCAACCAAAAAAAAGCUUCACAUUGUUGAUUUCGGUAUCCUUUAUGGUUUCCAAUGGCCCAUCCUGAUCAAAUAUCUACAUACUCUGCCCGGUGGUGCUCCUGAGCUUCGAAUUACUGGGAUAGAGCUUCCUCAACCUGGUUUCCGACCUGCGGAACUUGUUGAGGAGACAGGACGUCGGUUAGCAAAGUAUUGCGAACGAUUUAAUGUUCCAUUUCAAUACCGGGCCAUAGCACAGAAAUGGGAAACUAUCAAACUAGAGGACCUCAACAUAAACAGUGACGAGGUGCUUGCUGUGAAUUGUCUCCUCCGGUUUAAGAGCCUACUUGAUGAGACAGUUGUGGUAGACAACAGUCCAAGAGACGCAGUUCUUGGGUUAAUCAGGAAGAUGAAUCCAGAUAUUUUCAUUCAUUCUGUUGCAAACGGGUCGUACAAUGCGCCAUUCUUUGUCACUCGGUUUCGUGAGGCACUCUUUUACUACUCCUCAAUGUUUGAUAUUUGUGACACUAACACGCAACGAGAAAAUCAGGAAAGGCUGAAUUAUGAGAGAGAGUUCUUUGGGCGUGACGUCAUGAAUGUGAUAGCUUGUGAGGGUGUGGAAAGGGUGGAGAGGCCAGAGACAUACAAGCUGUGGCAGGUUCGGAGCAUGAGAGCAGGCUUCAGAAUCCUUCCAUUGAGUCCGGGGCUUGUGGAGAAACUGAGGGGUAAAGUGAUGGCAGACUUCCACAAAGAUUUUGUGAUAGAUGAAGAUGGCAAAUGGAUGUUGCAGGGAUGGAAGGGUAGGAUUUUGUGCGCUAGCUCCUGCUGGGUACCCGCAUAGAGGUCUUUCAAGCCAUUUUUGCUACGACUCUGAUCCGAAGACUUUAGAGUUUCCUCCUCGGGGAGCAGGCAAAGGAUGCAACACGGGCAAAGGAGAAUGGUACUGUUAUCUUCAAGUUUAGUUACUUAUUUGAUCCGAGAUUUGGAAAAAGGAAAAAUUUAGCCUAAUAGUUGAAUAGGAGCUGACGAUUCUUGUUUCCAGUGACGAGAUUGUCUCGGGUAGUACCUACCUUGCUUCUUUCAGAAAAUGCUUAUGGAUGAUUCUGACGUAUGAGGAUCACAUAUAAGUGCUGGGGUUGUACUCGGUUGUAAACUAGUAAAUUUAAUCUGUUUGUAGUUUAGGGUAACACAAUAAGGAGUUGAGUCAGUCUGGAAGAUUAAAGAUUUGUCACCUGUCUGUGAGGACCUGUUCUGGCGAUGAAGAUACUGUUCACUUGGCCAUUUUGCUUGCAACGUUGACAUGGAGAUGGGUGGGUGGGUGUGGGUCUACCUCAGCUUCUUGCUUGUAACUCUAUCGUGAGCUUAGUAGCUGUGUGUGUGUUUGCUCAGCAGAUGUACCAGAGUGGAAGUAGAUUUUGCUGCAGUUUGCAUCAUCUUAAAAAAAAUGUAUUCUGGUUCUUGGGUGUUAGGAACAGAUAAAGAUCCCCCCCCUCUUCAAUGAAUUGUUUAGGUGGUGUUAUUUUACUCAAGACUUGGACUUGGCUACCCAUGAGCAGGAGCAGCUGCAUUUAUGAGGAAUGGGGACAAAGUCCAGCGCCGAUCUCCUCAUGAAAGUGGCAAAUUCUUAGGGUCCGUUGGGUUCAACUUUUGCUUUUAGUGUUUGUUAUAAAAUCAAAAUUAAAGACUAAAAAACGAAAAACUGAUUUAACUCCGUAAAGGAUCCUCACUAUUUCAUCCAACUGAUUAACCCUAACAAUCAUGUUUUGUUCAAAUGAAGGCCAAUCGACGAUUGGUGUGAAAAAUUCUGCAGUAUCGUGAAUUAAAUAUCAAUAGAGGGUGGGCUGCACUCCGUUGACUUUGAUUAUUGACUCUGUUAUAGUAAUAAUUAAGCUGCGAGGGUUUUAAUCAGCCAUGUUUAGUUUAGAUAUUACAUUGUCACUCUCAGUUUCUUUCCAACCCUAUUAUGAUAAGGAUCAGAUCAGGGGCAGAGUUAUUAUCUAUUAUUUUUUUAAAGAAAAAAUGGUAAUACAUAAUCCGGUAAUUAGAUGUGUAUUUGGUCGGGGAGGGAGCGAAAGAUGUUUGUGUUAAAAUCUCUUUCAAGAUUGUGUGUUAUAGAAAUUUAAUUUAAUCCAGACUUUUAAUUUAUUUCUUUAUACUCUUUUAUAUAUUUAUAAUUAUUAUUUUUAAGACACGAUAAUGUGACAAUUCAUGUAGAAACAAGCUUCUGGUUUGUCUCUUUCAACCCUCGUCUUCCCCGUUUGGCCUCCCAAAGGUCAUCUUCCACCUUCAACUGACAGGUUUUUUUUGCUGACAACUCAAAACAACCAUGAAAUGACAGGGUAUCCUUGUUACAGAGGGCUUGUGUUCUGUUUCAAGCGAGACCACAUGUAUGGUUCUUGAAGUUGGAUUUUCCAUCGAAUUACUGUGCCAGGAAGGUCCUCUUGGAUUUGUAUCAGUGGGCGUUUUCUGGUUCCAAGGAGGGCGGAUGCGAGUCAGAACAUGAAUCUGUUUCAGCCUAUUCAGAUACGAACUUGAUUACAGGAUUUCAGCUU